UUCUGGAGACAGACAUCAGCGGCUUCAGUCCUGGCGACGGCGGGACUCGAUCCCGGGCUGAACUUCCCCUCGCUGACGUCAGCCUCGUCGCUCCGGACACCGCGCUGAGGAAAAUGCUGCUCUCCGUGCCACCGAGGACGGGAAUCAAUCCAUACAACGGAUACAGUAGCAGAAACAGCAAAAAGCAGGCCUAUGUGUCCUCCACACACCAAAUGGCACCGCCCAACACCAACAGCAGCACAGGUAGUGCAGUAGUUGGUGAACAGCUGAGCAAAACAAACCUUUACAUCCGUGCCUUGCAUCCAGGAACCACUGACCAAGACCUGGUCAAACUCUGCCAACCAUAUGGGAAGAUUGUGUCUACCAAGGCAAUUUUAGACAAAACUACCAACAAAUGCAAAGGUUAUGGCUUUGUGGAUUUCGACAGUCCUACGGCAGCACAGAAGGCGGUGACAGCACUUAAAGCCAGUGGAGUCCAAGCUCAAAUGGCCAAGCAACAGGAACAGGACCCCACAAACCUGUACAUCUCCAACCUGCCAGUGUCCAUGGAUGAAGAGGAGCUGGAGGCCAUGCUCAAAUCCUUCGGUCAGGUUAUAUCCACACGCAUCUUACGGGAUGCUAAUGGCACCAGUCGAGGGGUGGGCUUUGCAAGGAUGGAAUCCACAGAGAAAUGUGAAGCCAUCAUUCAGCAUUUUAAUGGCAAAUACAUCAAAACCCCACCAGGAGUGCCAGUUCCCAUAGAGCCUCUGCUGUGUAAGUUUGCUGAUGGUGGGCAGAAAAAGCGGCAGCAUCAGGCAAAGUACUUACACAACGGUCGUCCCUGGCCUAGAGAAGGUGAUACGGGAGGAAUGACACUCACAUACGACCCAACAGCAUUACAAAAUGGGUUUUUUUCUCAGCCGUACAGCAUUGGCCCAAACAGAAUGAUCGCCCAGACCUCUCUGUCUCCAUACAUGACCUCACAAGUCCCGUCCUAUCAGGUGCACAGCCCCUCCUGGAUGCACCAUCAGUCAUACCUCAUGCAGCCCACUGGGACAGUUCUGACACCUGCAAUGGAUCACCCCAUGUCCAUUCAGCCAACAUCUAUGCUCGGACCCCUGACCCAGCAAAUCAGUCACCUGUCACUUGGCAGUGCUGGCACGUAUAUGAACACGGCUAUGCAAGGGACGUACAUCCCACAGUACACCCAUGUUCCUCCCUCUAGUGUAACAGUGGAGGAAACCAGUGGACAACAGCAGCCCCUGGAGACGUCUACAGAACACACAAAUUACUCCUAUCAACACAGCAAAUGAAGCUAAUAGUCUCUGUCCUCUGGAGGUGUCAGCGAGUGCUGUGGACGAAAGGAAAUCUCAAAGAGAUUCACAAAUUACCACGGAUAAAGAGUACCAUACGGGACACAGGUCACGAAAGGAGCAUUUUUGUUUUUCUAAAAACAGUAAUAAAAAGACAUCCCUGUUUAACUCUCUUCAGGAGUCAUUCAACCAAAGGUGGGAGACUUUAUGAAAGUGCUGUCUAUCUUUAAUCUAUUUUGAUAACAAAGAAAAAAAACAUGAAAACAGACAUGGUAAGGAAAAACACAAUGUGUUGUUUUUUUUCCACACAACAUGGCAAAUUCUCCUUUUUUAAGAGACAAAAAUAUAAUUCACAGUGUGUCUUUUAUUUUUGUAAAAUAUGCAGCUUUUAUUUUUUUGCAGCAGCAAUGAGAUUAUUUUGUACAGGUUGAGAUGCGAACAAUUUAUUUUGUUUUAUUUUUUUAUUUGUUCUUUGAUAUUUUGCUCUUAGUAGAAGAAAACAUUUAAAGCCACUUCUGUAAAUAUCUGUAGAAAAAAUUGUGAAGAAAUCAAGUCAAUCACAGUGUCUCCUGGACUCCCCCCCUGUCAAAAUACUACAAUGGCUGACAAAACAUGCCGAAGUGUUUAAGAAGGUGUUUUACCCCAGUCUACACUAACACUUAUCAUUACAACUAUAGGGAAAAUGUACAAAAAGUAAAUUUUAAAGUUGAAGGAAUCUUUUAUUUUAUAAUUAUAUUUCCAUAUCUUGCCUUGAUAUAUAAAUAGAUAUGCAAAAUAUAUAUUGUAUUGUCUUUGAGCUAAUCUUUUUGUUUUUCAUUUGGUGUAACAUAUCAUGUCACCAAAAAUACCAGAUUGAAAUAAAGAGGCAUUUCCUUUACUUACA